CAGAAAUUCCAUACAGCAUGGCUGCCAAGCAUGCGCAGGGGGCACACAUGUGGAUUUAAAUAUGGCGGCCGAACAUAGAGAGAGUGUGGAGAGUAAUGUAAACUUUGCCAGUUUUUGCUAAUGUUGCCUAAAACACAGCUUUCCCCAGCUUAAAAAUGCGAAACACAAUGUAUAAACAACAGUUUAUUCGAACAACAUGCGAUGAUAAAAUUGUUUUAGUCGGUGCCUUUUACUGGUACGUAACCUCAGAAAUAAGCGUACCUUUCUCCCAUAAGUCUCUGUAAAUGGUGGUUACCUUCAUAUUUUCUUAAGCUCUUGAUGCAAAGAUCGUCGUACCGACACAUUUCCCCAGCAUUGCAUUCGAAAGAUAAGAUGAAAAGCUCGCCAAUUAAGAUAUCUUCUCCCAUAUAAACAGCAGCUAAGGCAGUGCCAUUUCAAGAUAAAAAGUGCUAUUUUCUGUAAAUGUCAUCAACGAAGUGAGAGCCAUUACACUGAGGCAAGAAUGGCCGUUGCUCCUGUCUGUUUUCGUUCUCUUCGACAGCCAUUUUGUUUUUCCUCGUUUCCUUGGUCAGUGGUGUUCCCUCUUGCAAUAGGAAAGCCGCUGAACAUGAGAACCGGCAGGAUUUGGAAAAAAGCGGGAAGAUUGCGGGAAAAUCUUGGGAAAAUAAAAUAUUUAUAAAUGCCAUGUCUGAACUACCACCAAAUAAAUCAUUUCAACCUUGGAAAAUCGAUAUUGUAGAUAAAUCUUUGCAAUAUGCAAGAAACAUAGCAACAAGAAAGGUAGCCUUAACAAUUUCUUUGGCAUAUUCAACCAUUAAAGAGUGGUAUUAUCUUGUGAGGGAGCAAGAAAAGUUUCAAGCAGCGGGUCAAGAUGCUAAUUCCUCUCAUCAAGAAGGUGAGUAAUUUUGUCCUGAUAUUUACAACCUUGUAAACUUUUUGGUAUAUUUUCUUAACCUUCUCUGGUGAUUCCUUGAUAAGAAGGUAGGGGUGGUAGAGAGUGAAAGGGGAAGGGAAUAUCCAUAAGAUGAAAGAUACAAAGUAACAUAACAUAAAAAAAAAUAUAUAUAAUCAUCACCAACAUUUCAGCUGCAUAAAAUGUACUUCACGAGGCCUUAACAUGACCCUGAUGAAGGCCAGUCUAUCCAGCUAAAAAAAGGUGAUGUGAGAGCAAAAUACAUCAUUUGUGUCCUCAUUAUUUUGUGAUCUACCAUACACUUUAUUAUCAACAGGAUCUCCUUUUUUCAGUGGAUACUUUUUUUGUGGGUUCAAAUCUCACUCACCUUUAAUUUUCUUUUAAAUAUAUAUUCAGUAAAUAUGAUUAUUUACAGUGUAUAAAGCCAGGAUUCUCUUCUAUACUGUCCAUUGAUUGAUUGAUUUAUGCCUGAGAGUAUGUUUGUUUUUAUUGAUUAUUUUUUUAAAUUUUCUUUUAGAAACUACAAACAACUCUGAGAAUAUCAACUUCCUCUGGAACUAUAGAGGCCUCCAGGGAAUUCUAUAUACCAAAAGCAAUGGGAAGGCCAAGUUUUACUAUGUCAAUGAUGGAAGAAAGCUAAUGUUUCCAGAUUUAAUUGAUAUGUGUACACCAGCACAUGCAUUUGUAAUCAAAGAUGACAUGGGUACACGCCAAAAUGUCCAUGAGCAGUUUGCAAAAAGAGCAGCAAAUGUUCUAUCACUGUAUCGCACAAAUAAAGGUAAGAGAAACUGGGAGCAAUUGGAUGAGAAAACAUUGAAAUUUCAUUUACAUGAAGACCAAUUAGCUUCUUUUCAAGAGGUUGAAGAUGAGGUAGUUUCUCUACAAAAUGAUCUACAAGAAUGGAAAGCAGCACAUGCAAACCUGGAGGCAGAAAAAAAAAACCUUUUUGAUGAAAUGAAGGACACUAUCAACAGAAUGGGUAAGGAACUAUGUCAACUUCAAAAUACCAACAAUCAACUUCAAGAGUAUAUCAAAUGCCUUGAGAAAGAUGAAGGGUUUUCCUACAAUGGAAAAAAAAUUUCUGAGACUAAGAACAGACAGCGCACAUUGAAGGCUUUCCUGACUAGAGCUGAAACAGCUUUGUGGUUUUCACAAGCAUUUGGCCUUCAUGUUGAAUCACUUAGAGUUAAAGAGGCAGACACAGGGAAAACAUACGAAGUAAAUGUUGAAACCAAAGCACAAAAAUCAGGCGAAUGUUCAAAUCCUGUUACUAACAUAAACGAUUCCGACAUGGAAAAAGUUGAACAAAUUCUUUAUCUUCUUGAUAAAUUCUGUGUCAGUGAUGAAUUUUACCACGAAUUUAGCAUGAUUGAAAAUGGUCUUCCAAGAUCUUAUCUGAUUAAACAAUGCAGAAAUGAUCUGGACAAACUUUGUCAUGUGACACCUACUCCUGGAACAAAUGAAGGUGCACAAGUAUCAUUUGAAUCACUUCUCUUGCAGCAAAUUUCAGCUUUUAAAAAGGAAAAUCCAGAGUUUGAUUUUGGCAAUGAAACACUAAAAAUAAAAAUCAGUGGGGAUGGAGCUAAAAUGACACAGAAAUCUAAUUACAUUCUUCUCUCUUGUGCACUACUCCAGAAACAAGACGAAGUUAUGUCUGCCAAAGGAAAUCAUACCAUUGCAGUAGUCAAUGGUAGUGAAAAGUAUGAAACACUACAGGUAUCUUUCAAGACUACAUUUUCAGAAAUAAAUUCUCUGAUUGACAAAGGCACUAUUAGUGUUGAUGGUCAAGAAGUUAAGCUUGAGUUUUUCCUAGGAGGGGACUAUAAAUUUCUACUGACAGUCAUGGGACUUAAGGGGGCUACAUCUUUAUAUGCCUGCCUAUGGUGUAAAAUCCAUAAAGACAAAAGGUGGGAAACAGACAAGCAUUUCCAUCACUUUAAUUCACCACCAAUGAUGAGAACACUAUUGGAAAUUAAGGAGCUGGUGAAGAAAGGAAAAGGUGAUUACUGCUGUGUGAAGGAACCACUUUUGAACAUAGACCUUGACCAUGUCAUUGUAGAUGAGUUACACCUGCUGCUACGUGUAAUGGAUGUGAUGCUAGACAACAUUAUCACUGAAGUCAUUGACUGGGAUAAGAUUGAAGAUUUCGAAAAAUCAUCCAAAGAGCCUCAAGGCAUCCAUUUGAAAAAGCUCGUGAGUGAGAUCAGAUCCUAUGGUGUGGGUUUUGAUGUUUGGGAACUCCGAAAUCCAGCUGACAAUAAAGGCACUGGAAAGUAUGAAUUUACAAGUCUGUUUGGAAACGACAAGAAGAAAAUUCUCUCCUUGCUACCAGAAAAUCUCUGUAAAGUGCUGCAGCCAAAUACCUGCACUGAAAUAUCCAAGGUGUGGAGUGAUUUCAGAAGUUUGUAUGAAGACAUAAAUUCCUGGUCCUCAGACAAAUCUGUUGACACUUUUUGGCACAAGGCACAAAACUGGUUGGAGACCUUUAUUUCUCUCAGAGGAAAGAGAAUUGGCUAUGAAAGAAAGAGAAUUACUCCAUAUAUGCAUGUACUUUUUGCUCAUGUCCCUUAUUUCCUCCAUACACAUAAAUCUCUAAAAGUAUUCACUGGUCAAGGAGUUGAGAAAAACAAUGACUCAGCAAGGAAUGUAGUGCUUCGAAAAUCAAACCACUUUGACUCAGUUGGAGAUAUUCUUAGACUUGAAAACAGACAAUGGCUUCUAAGAGAAAGAGAAAGAGCAAGCAGAAAGUACACAAAACACAAUUCUCAAUACUGGGAGCAAGAAAUCAGUGUCAAGCGUGCGGGUAAAAAGAGACAACCUGAAGCAAACAUACCCAACAUGGAAAGCAACAACUCGCCAGACACAUCUACAUCACAAGUUCAGAAUGAACAACCCCAAGCAAGAAAUGGCACAGAUCAUGAAAGGCCGGGAAAUAAAAGAAAAAGGCAUAUAGACGAUGGGGGAAAAGGAAACAGAAAAGGGAAAGGAAAGGGUAAACAAACAAAACAGAAAAAAAAAAGAGUCUAGCCUGAGCAGCUACAAAGCA